AUGGCCAGGUCACUUCUCUUGCUGUUGCGCUUUCUGUGGAUGCUGAUGCCUCCAAUUGAGUGCAAGCCACAUACUCUUAUGUGUAGCACUAUUGAUGCCUUUCAACUCCCAUACAAGUAUUAUCAGACGGGGGACCUAAUCAUAGGAGAGAUUGUUACUCUACUUGGCUGCAUGUUUGAGAAAAUACCCUUCAGUGAACACCCAACAACAAAAUUUGUAAAUGAACUUACUGCAACAGUCAAGAAUUACCAGCAUGUUCUGUCCUUAGCAUUUGCUGUGAAGGAGAUAAAUGAAAAUCACAAACUCCUACCAAACAUUAGCCUGGGGUUCAACAUCUAUGACAGCUGCACAAAUGCAAGGAUCACUCAUCAGAACACCCUGAAACUUCUGUCCACCUCAGAAAGGACUGUUCCGAAUUUCAAAUGCAACAACAAAAAUAUGAUAGCUGUAAUUGGAGGACUUGACUCUGAAGUCUCCCUGCAUAUGGCUAGUAUCUUAGGUCUGUACAAGAUUCCACAGCUUCACCCUUUCCUGAGGAGCAUUUCAUUCAACAGCAGUGCUGGGGAUGCCAUCAUGUUUAAUGAGAAUGGUGAAUUAACUGCUGGUUUUGAUAUUAUAAACUGGGUUACUUUCCCAAACCAAUCCUUCUUAAAAGUGAAGGUAGGAAGGGUGGAGCCACAGCUGUCACAAGAUCAAGAGUUCACCCUUAAUGAGGCAGCCAUCAAAUGGGACAGCACAUUCAAUCAAGUGUUGCCCCUUGCUGUCUGUAAUGACAAUUGCCAUCCAGGUUACAGCAAAAAGAAGAAGGAAGGAAAGCCUUUUUGCUGCUAUGAUUGUGCUCUAUGUCCGGAGGGAAAGUUUUCAGAACAGAAGGACAAAGAUGAAUGUUCAAAAUGUCCAGAAGGUCAGUAUCCAAAUAGGAACAAAGAUAAGUGCCUUGCCAAGGGUGUAAACUUCCUUUCGUUCACAGAACCUUUGGGGAUCAUUUUAACUUUAUUGGCUCUGUCUUUUUCUUUGAUCACAGUGUUGGUGCUUGGAGUCUUCACUAAGCAUCAGAACAGUCCCAUUGUUAAAGCUAACAAUCGGGACCUCACCUACUCUCUACUCAUCUCUUUAUUGCUCUGCUUCCUCUGCUCCUUGCUAUUCAUUGGACUGCCUCAGACAAUGAGCUGCUAUUUAAGACAAACUGCUUUUGGUGUCAUUUUCUCUGUAGCUAUUUCUUGUAUAUUGGCGAAAACCAUCACUGUGAUUCUAGCUUUUGUGGCCACCAAGCCAGGGACCAGCAUGAGGAAUUGGGUGAGGAAAAGGCUCACAAACUCUAUCCUUCUUGGUUGCUCCUUUAUUCAAGCUACUAUUUGUGCUGUAUGGCUAUGUACAACUCCUCCAUUCCCACAUUUUGACAUGCACUCCCUGGCGGAAGAAAUUGUAAUGGAAUGCAAUGAAGGAUCUGCCACUAUGUUUUAUUGUGUUCUGGGCUACCUGGGAUUGCUGGCCAUUGUCUGCUUUACUGUGGCUUUCCAGGGCAGAAAAUUGCCAGACAGUUUCAAUGAAGCCAAGUUCAUCACUUUCAGCAUGUUGGUGUUUUGUAGUGUUUGGUUGUCCUUUGUUCCCUCUUACCUGAGUACAAAAGGAAAAUACAUGGUGGCUGUGGAGAUCUUCUCCAUUUUAGCCUCAAGUGCUGGUUUGCUGGGUUGCAUAUUUUUCCCGAAAUGCUACAUCAUUAUGCUAAGGCCAGAACUUAACAGGAGGGAGCAGCUAAUAAAGAAACAUUAG